AUGAUUGACGAUGAAAUGAAUCUAUAUGAUAUUGCUGUUAUUAAGCUCAAGGAUGCAAUUGAAUUUAAUGAAGUCCAAAGCGCCAUCCAACUAUUAAACAGAGAUGUUAUUGACAAUGAGAUUGGAUUUAUUUUGGGAUGGGGGUCAACAACUUAUCCGACGCUCUCAUACCCAACUACAAUGCAAAAAGCCGCGAUGCGUGUAAUUCCACAAGACUAUUAUCCUAAAAUGUUUAGAUUUAUUGUGCACGAUACUCAAUUUUGCGCAUUGAAUAAAAAAGGAGUUGGACCCUGUCUGGGCGAUAGUGGAAAUCCGUUAAUCUUGGAUGGAAAACUGGCCGGUUUAGUAUCAGUUAUGCAUCCAUGUGCCCUUGGUACACCUGAUAUUUAUACAAAAAUUUAUUAUUAUGUUGAUUUUAUAAGAGAGAUGAUGAAUAGAUAA